AUGUUCGCACCCGGCCCAGGCAUCAAAGAAGCUCGGGCCCUCGACGAGAGUCUCCUGGACAACUGGGACUAUCCUGACGGUCAUUACCGCAUCAUUCUCGGCGAGCUCUUGGACGGUCGUUACGCUGUUGAACAACAAAUCGGCAAAGGGACCUUCGCAACUGUGGUGAGGGCUGUUGAUACCGAGACCGGACUCAAAGUCGCCAUCAAGAUUGCAUGCAACAAUCAGACCAUGUACAAAGCUGGCCAGAAAGAAAUGGAGAUGGUGACUCUACUCAACGAGCAGGACCCGAAAGACAAGAAGCACAUCAUCCGCCUGCUCCGCAACUUCGACCACAAGGCCCAUCUCUGCUUGGUGUUUGAAAACCUGAGCGCAGAUCUCCGUGAAGUACUCAAGAAGUUUGGCCGCAAUGUCGGGAUCACGUCGGAGGCUAUCAAGGCCUAUGCCCCUCAGAUGUUCUCUGCCCUCGGUCUUCUGAAGGAGUCUGAGAUUCUCCACGCCGACCUGAAGCCGGACAACAUUCUCGUCAACGAGAAGCGCAACUGGCUCAAGAUCUGUGAUUUGGGCACUGCCUCGUUCGCAAGGGAUGCGGAAGUCACGCCGUACCUGGUGUCUCGAUUCUAUCGCGCCCCGGAGGUCAUUCUCGGCAUGGAAUUCGACUAUGCCAUCGACAUGUGGUCGAUCGGGUGUACACUCUUCGAGCUCUACACCGGUCGCAUUCUCUUCGCGGGAGCGGACAACAACCAAAUGCUGCGCGUCAUCCAAGAGUGCCGCGGUCGCAUCCCGAACCGUCUGCUCAAGCGUUCCACGCUGGCAGAUAAGCACUUUGACAACGACGGCAAUUUCUUCUCGCAGGAGCGAGACAACCUCACGGGAAAGGUGGGCCUCCGCCAGCUGAACUUUAACAAGACCGCCCCUGGCAAAGACCUCCGCUCACGCCUGUCCGGUAACACCAAAGGCAUGACGCCAGAGGAGGCCAAGAAGCAUGUUGCAUUUGUUGAUCUGCUGGACAAGUGCCUGCAGUUGGACCCCGUGCGCAGGAUCAAUCCGAACGAUGCCAAAAAGCAUCCUUUCUUCGAGGAUUCGACAAGCAGGCCGACGCAUGAGAAGGCGGUGAAGAAGGUUGUGGGCGCGGUGCCGCGGAAGGUAUGA